CUAUCUCUAUUUUGGCUUUAUUUAUCGCGUCUGGACCCGCUUCGUCGGAUCGCGCGCAGUCCGCUACUCUACGCGAUAACCCUAACCCCCAUUGCCCUUUACUGAAGGGCAGAAGGCAACAGCAGAACGCGCAGGGGGCAGGGUGCAAGGCAAAACCAUGGUCGACCUGCUCGCCUUUCCGUUUGAGGUGCAGCGGGCGAUCCUGGCGCACUGCCUCGACGUGCACGUCACUGCGCUUCUCCAGACGUGCACCCACAUCCACGACGCCUGCCUCCCGCUUCUUUACACCGACAUCCGCCUCACAACGCUCCGUGCGCUCGUCUGCUUUGUGCGGCCAACCUCGGGCGCACACCGCCAUGCAUCCAGCUGGACGCGGUCGUUUGCGCUCAACCUGCCCGGCGUGCCCGGCGGCCGCGUCCCGUCGCCCGUCGCACCUGCGUCUGCGCCUGCACCUGCGUCAGAGACCGGAGCAGGCGCGGAUCCAGAUACAGAAGCAAGCCCCCAGGACCGGCUCCUGCUCGCGGCCAAAGCCAUGCUCCUCUGCCCGCUGGCCGAGGCCGUGUCGAUUGAAAUGUACGGCGUGCGCCACUCGCCCCUGCUGACCGACCCGACGGCCAUCGAUGCCGAGCGCACGACGUUCCAGCGCGCCCUUGCGACGCUGCCUCGCCUCCGCCGCUUCCGCUGGAUCACGCCCGAGAGCGCACGCUUCGUGGGAUUCAGCGUCGCCGUCGUUGACCAGGCUUUUGCGCCCCUCGUCGAGGGGCUCUACGACGCUGCAACGGGGCAGGAGCCGAUACACGGUGACGGGCAAGGCGACGAGGGAGAGACAGAAGACGAGGACGAGAAAGGGGACGACGAGGAGGAGGAGGAGGAGGAAGAAGAAGAAGAAGAAGAGGAGUGGGACCUGCAGCAGGAAGAAGAAGAGGAGGCCGAGGAGGAGCGCCGCUUGCUACACGAGUCAGAGAACGGGCAGGGAUCUCUGACUCCGUGGGCGCAGGUGGGGCCAGGCCAGGGCGAGCAUCCGCUCGAGGACAUCGAGCUGCACCACGUGCAGUUUGCCUCGGACCGAGGCAGGCGUCUGUUCAGUCUGCUGGGCAGUGCUGGGCCGCAGGGUCACCUGUUUUCGCGGCUGAGCAGCGUCACGGUGCGGAGCGCCAUCAAUGUCGCGCCUGCAGGCCCCGCCUUCCUUGCGCUUGUCUGGGAGCUGCGCAGGAGCCCGCACGUCGGCAGCAGCAGAGAGUGGCAGCGCGUUAAUGGGAACGAGAGAGAAGAGGCCGAGGAAGCCAGGCCGAGGAGGAUCCUGCUCGCCGACGCAUUCAUCUCGUCCAUCUGGGGCGACCGUGUCACCACACAGUCGAUCCGCGAGCAGGUAGAGGCAAUCCUCGCAUCUGCGUGCGAUGGACCAACAAAGGCCGAGCCACCGAGCAGCAACAGCAGCAACCCCUACAUCCGCGCCCUGGAGGAGAGCGUGGGGAUAGCGGCAAGCCGGGAUUUGAGGCUGCCUGCGCACAUGGCCGCCCAGCUUCCCAAGCUGCGCGACUGGCAGCGGCAGGAGAUCGUCCAGGGCGCCGUCGACCGCGUCGAGAUCCUCACCAUCGAAAAGGCCAUCGCCGGGUCUGUCUCGUAGGGCACCACUGCUUUAUCUUCAUGUACUCCUUCUAAUCCCUCUGUCAGCCCAUAUGUACUGUACUGUAUAUCCAUCAUUGAUCGAAGCAACAUUGUCACCGUGAGACUCUUGCUACCUAGGCGCGCACGCGCCACGUGCACGAAAAGAAAGUUGGAACAU